UUAUUUGCUCCCAAAGUAAGCUGCAUCCUAUUUUACUUUCUAGGGUUCAGAAAAAAACCGAGUCUCUCAAAAAUCAAAAACCCAACUUUCCCCUUCUUUCUCCUCUCAUCAACCUAACCCAACUCGGCGGCGAUGGCGACAACUUCUGUGGUGCCGGCGAAUCGUCGGCGAACGGUUAUCUCCAAUGAGGACAUGGACUUUGAGACGACGGAAGGUGUGAAGGCGAUUGCGAGUUUCCAAGAGAUGGGGAUAAAGGAAGAUUUGCUCCGUGGAAUCUACGCGUACGGUUUCGAGAAACCGUCUGCGAUUCAACAGCGUGCCGUUGCGCCUAUCAUUCAGGGACGGGAUGUUAUUGCUCAGGCUCAAUCUGGAACGGGAAAGACGUCCAUGAUUGCGCUUACUGUUUGCCAGGUUGUUGAUACGUCUGUCAGAGAGGUGCAAGCUUUAAUUGUGUCUCCAACAAGAGAAUUGGCCACACAGACUGAAAAAGUUAUAUUGGCUAUUGGAGAUUAUAUUAAUAUUCAAGCACAUGCUUGCAUUGGAGGCAAAAGUGUGGGAGAAGAUAUAAGGAAACUUGAGCAUGGAGUUCAUGUGGUGUCUGGAACUCCUGGGCGAGUCUGUGACAUGAUCAAAAGAAGAACAUUGCGUACAAGAGCUAUCAAGUUACUAGUUCUGGAUGAAUCUGAUGAAAUGUUGAGCAGAGGAUUUAAAGAUCAAAUUUAUGAUGUGUAUAGAUAUCUCCCACCAGAUCUUCAGGUUUGCUUGAUUUCUGCUACUCUACCUCAUGAAAUUCUGGAGAUGACAAACAAGUUUAUGACAGAUCCAGUGAGGAUCCUUGUAAAACGUGAUGAAUUGACACUGGAGGGUAUCAAGCAAUUUUUUGUUGCGGUUGAAAAGGAGGAUUGGAAGUUUGAUACUCUGUGUGAUCUUUAUGAUACUCUCACCAUCACUCAAGCUGUUAUAUUCUGUAACACCAAGCGAAAGGUGGACUGGUUAACUGAAAAAAUGCGUAACAAUAAUUUCACUGUCUCAUCAAUGCACGGUGACAUGCCUCAAAAAGAAAGAGACGCAAUUAUGGGAGAAUUUCGUGGUGGAACAACUCGAGUAUUGAUAACAACUGACGUUUGGGCUCGUGGCCUUGAUGUACAACAGGUUUCUCUAGUUAUUAAUUAUGACCUUCCAAAUAAUCGAGAGCUGUACAUUCAUCGUAUUGGUCGUUCUGGACGUUUUGGACGAAAGGGUGUUGCAAUAAAUUUUGUUAAAAGCGACGAUAUCAAGAUCUUGAGAGAUAUUGAGCAAUAUUACAGUACCCAGAUUGAUGAGAUGCCAAUGAAUGUUGCUGAUCUUAUAUAAAAGGGCAUGCAGUUUGCUGGGUGGAGUGCGUUUGCCAAUAGGAAUUAGUGGUUGAAUGUGGUUUUUGUUUUGAUACACUCUUAAGCUCUUCUGAAGCUCUUCUGAAACCUUUUUAAUUUGUCUAUUAGAAUUUUGAGUGUGCUCGAUUGUACGACAUACAUAAUUAUUUUGUUGGCUGAUAUGGUUGAGUUCAAUCUGUAAAUUGGUUUGGAAUGCUUUGUUCAUUGUUUAACAUUCAAUGUUGAAUGUCUAAUUUUAUGACUCAAA